AGAGCGCGGGUGAGUGAAUUUCCGAAGAAGUCUGGAGUUGGUUGCGUGGGUACAAGCAGCAACCUAUCAACUUCCCUAGUUGAAUUUGCUUUGGACAGCACUGUGAAGCAGAUCUGAUAUGCCACUUGAAUUAAUAAAAGAAGUCAAUGGGGUGCCUGAAGUUGAGCCGUUAAGUAAAUUACACAAAGUAGAUUUCAGAUCCCUACAGCCAGGUUGUGAUUAUAGCAAGAAAUAUAUCCAGUUACAACCAGUAACAUCCAUUGACCAACAAAAGACUCCCUGCACAUCACCAGAUCGCCUGAGAGAUCCAUGCAUCUAUAUAUCUGAAGAACAAGAAAAUUCAGAUUCAGAGAUCAACACCAUCAAUGUAUCAUUUUUCGGAAAAUUAGCAAAGGACUGUGCAAGAGUUUUCUAUGAAGGGGACACUAUUGCACUGGCUGGAUUUAUUGUUUUGUCAACAGCAUCUACAAGCAAAGAUGAUAAACAAUGUUUGUUUUUGAAAGCAUUUGAGGACUUAACAUCAACUGUUUAUGUUUAUGUUAAAUCCGUAAGAGAUUUUUCUACAGAAUCAAUGUCUUUGGUUCCAGCAACACAUUAUGUAUAUACACCUCUGAAUCAGCUUAAGAGUGGUACGAUUGUCAAUGUCUAUGGUGUUGUGAAGUUCUUUAAGCCUCCAUAUCUAAGCAAAGGAACUGAUUAUUGCUCGGUUGUAACAAUUGUGGACCAGACAAACGUAAAGUUAACCUGCCUGUUCUUUAGUGGAAAUUAUGAAGCACUUCCAAUAAUUUAUAAAAGUGGAGAUAUUGUCCGCUUUCACAGGCUGAAGAUCCAAGUAUAUAAAAACGAGACUCAGGGUAUCACCAGCUCUGGCUUUGCGUCUUUGACAUUUGAGGGGACUUUGGGAGCUCCUAUCAUACCUCGUACUUCAAGCAAGUCUUUUAACUUCACUGCUGAGGACCACAAAAUGGUAGAAGCCUUACGUGUUUGGGCAUCUACUCAUAUCCCACCUUCUUCGACAUUAGUAAAAUUGUGUGAUGUUCAGCCAAUGCAGUAUUUUGACCUGACUUGUCAGCUGUUGGGCAAAGCACAGGUGGAUGGAGCAUCAUUUCUUCUGAAGGUGUGGGAUGGCACCAGGACCCCAUUCCCAUCUUGGAAAGUCUUAAUACAAGACCUUGUUCUUGAAGGUGAUUUAAAUCACAUCCAUCGGCUGCAGAAUCUGACAAUAGACAUUGUAGUCUAUGAUAACCAUGUUCAAGUGGCAAAGUCUCUGAAGGUUGGAAGCUUUCUUAGAAUUUAUAGCCUCCAUACCAAACUUCAGUCAGUGAAUUCGGAGAACCAGGCAACUUCGUUAGCUCUCGAGUUUCAUCUCCAUGGAGGUACCAGUUAUGGUCGGGGAAUCAGAGUGUUGCCAGAAAGUAACUCUGAUGUGGAUCAACUGAAACAGGUUUUAGAAUCUGCAGAUUUGACAGCCAGUCAGUGUUCAGAUGGUAUAUGUCAAUCAGAACGUGAGGACAGCUUUCCAACUGUUUCAAGCUCUGGAUCAGUAUCACUAUAUGAGGUAGAAAGAUGUCAACAACUAUCGGCUACAAUACUUACAGAUCAUCAGUAUUUGGAGAAAACUCCAGUGUGUGCCAUUUUGAAACAAAAAGCUCCUCAGCAAUAUCGCAUCCGAGCAAAAUUGAGGUCAUACAAGCCCAGAAGACUUUUCCAGUCUGUUAAACUUCACUGUCCUAAGUGUCGUUCACUGCAAGAAGUACCACAUGAGGGUGAUUUGGAUAUAAUUUUGCAAGAGGGUGCAACUAAAACCCCAGAUACCAAAUUACAAAACACAUCAUUAUAUGAUUCGAAAAUCUGGACCACUGAAGAUCAAGGAGAACGAAAAGUAGCUGUUCAUUUUGUGAAAAAUAAUGGUAUUCUCCCACUUUCACAUGACUGUCUAAUUUUGAUAGAAGGAGGUACACUCAGUGAAAUCUGCAAACUCGCAAGCAAGUUUCAUAGUGUAAUUCCUGUGAAGUCUGGCCACGAAGACCUGGAACUCCUUGACCUUUCAGCACCAUUCCUUAUACAAGGAAAAAUACAUCACUAUGGAUGUAAACAGUGCUCUAGUUUGAAACCGAUACAAAAUCUAAAUUCCCUGGUUGAUAAAACAUCAUGGAUUCCUUCUUCUGUGGCAGAAGUACUGGGUAUUGUACCCCUCCAACAUGUGUUUGUGAUGACAUUUACUCUUGACGAUGGAACAGGAGUAUUGGAAGCUUAUCUCAUAGAUUCUGACAAAUUCUUCCAGAUUCCAGCAUCAGAAAUCCUAAUCAAUGAUGACCUUCAGCACAGUAUGGAUAUGAUCAUGGAUAUGUUUUGUCCUCCAGGAUUAAAAAUUGAUGCCUAUCCAUGGUUGGAAUGUUUCAUCAAGUCAUAUAAUGUCACCACUGGAACAGAGCAGCAAAUUUGCUAUCAGAUUUUUGACACCACAGUUGCAGAUGAUCUUAUCUGAUAUUGACAUUUAACUUAGCAUAUGUAAAAUAUUGUAAUUUUAGAAAACAUUACUAUUUUCUGUGAGUUUGCUAUAAAAUACAUAAAAGGUUUAGCUCUGUAGUUUAUUUUCCAUUUUAACCGCUAUUUAAAAUUUUUUUUGACAAAUAGACAUUGUGUUAUCUUAACACCCUUUUCUAAGUUAAAAAUGUUCCCAUUGCUCAAGAUAUCUAGUAUGAUGGCUGCUAGGGAUGUAAAAGAUAGAGAGACAUUGAAUAAAUAAGGACUGUGUUUUCAUUUACUCUUUGCAGUCCUUUCAGAGAAGCUAGUUUAUUCCCCUGCACUAUAAAUCACUUUCCCUAUUGGCUUUCCCGUGUGUCAGCCACUCAUUUCUCUGCCAUCCACCAUCCCUGGUUGAGCUGCUUUUCCUGCUCUGAUUUUUAUAUCGGCAAUGUUGAUGAUUUUAGCAUGAGUAUGGGAUUAGAAAAUGUCCUUACCUUAAUCUCUCAGCUUUUACUGAGUACAAGGUAUGUAGUGGCUUGUGGUUUGGUUUUGUUUUGGUUUUGUACAAAGGGAUCUGCUUAAACAAGUACUCCUUAAAGAAGUGCUUGUCUGAGUGAGUUAUCGUGGACUUAAAAGAGUGAUUUACUUUAAGUGGAAGUGGCGGGAUUGCUUUCUUUGGGUGCUGAUAUUGACCAAUUUAGGAUAAAUCCAGCUUUUCAGACCUGAAUUAUGUGCUUUGAUUGCUUGUUUCUCUACAUGAUAUUAGAAGUUAUUCCAUUCCUCUUCAGCCUAAUAAAGUGGUGAGAUUUA